UGGCGUCCGACUUUCACUCCGGAGCACAGGCAGCCGCAAUCGGUUAAUUUUGUCGACCUUUCAGGAGAAAACGGUGUUGUGGGUGCAGACCCGCCUGUUUGGACUUCAGAGUCAUCUUUUAGUCAAGCGAAGCACCAUCUCUCCACGAUGGGUUCUCCGUCCGUAGGUUGCUUGCGGUGCCUUGUGGGCUUGGCCUUGCUCGUAGGUUGCUUCCUGAGGACGACCGAGGCACUCCAGAUGGUUUGCAACGGCACAGAGUGCCACAUGCGGCCGAAAGAAUGCGCAGCUACGCAAAAGCGAUGCGUCCCUGACGGCCCGUGUGUGGAUUGCUGCAGCAAUAGCCACUGCCGCAGAUUCCAGAAGUGCUCCGAAGGUGUGUGCAAACCUGCCGUGGCGCCGAAGCCUUGCCCUGCCGGGCUGAAGCGCUGCACGGUCGGCGGCCCGUGUGUGAGGUGCUGCAAGGACUGCGACUGCGGCAGCCGCAAAGCCUGCGUUGCUGGGCAAUGCAAGCCUGCCCGCGUGGUUGCGUGUGCCGCUGGACUGAAGCGCUGCAGCGCAGGUGGCGCUUGCGUGGAGUGCUGCAAACACAAGGAGUGCGGCAGUGGUAAGAAGUGCGUUUCCGGGCAGUGCAAGAUUGUGAAGUGCUGCAAGGAUGCGCAGUGCGGCAAGGGAAAGAAGUGCGUCGCCGGGCAGUGCAAGCCGGCGGGCGUGGGGGCGUGUGCUGUGGGGCUGAAGAGGUGCACCGUCGGAGGUGAGUGUGUGAAGUGCUGCAAGAAUGCGGACUGCCUUCGCGGACAGAAGUGCGUUUCGGGACAGUGCAAGCCGUGCGGCAUCCCCGCAUGUGCCGCGGGAUUGAAGCGCUGUAAGGCGGCUGGUGCGUGUGUCAAGUGCUGCGACGACAAAGACUGCGGCAAAGGAAAGAAGUGCGUUCUUGGGCAAUGCAAGUCAUCGGCUGCGUGCGCGUGUCGUCGUGGGCUUGUGCGGUGCCCCAAUGGGAAAUGCAGCAAGUGCUGCGUCGACAAGCAUUGCCCCAAGGGAAAGCGGUGCUGCGGUGGUAAGUGCAGGACGCGAUGCUGAGAAAUGAGGAGACAUCCGUGCAGUGCAGCUGAUCAUCCUUGCCUCGCCGGAUGCUUCGGACUUCAGUAGGCGAUGUGCCUGGUGUCGGGAGCCGUGAAAACCUUGGGCGCGCGUGUAUAUGUCCUUGAAGUUCUUAGGCGUCCAGAUGUUCCUUUAAGGGUGACGACUAUGGUAGGCUCCGUGUUAACUAUGGCGGGCCGUUGUGUGUGUUGGGCAGGAGGACUGCGUAUAUCCAUGCCUCUGUGAGAGAAGUCGUUUACCAUCUAAAAUGAACCGAGUCUCGCUGUCAAUUGAAGGACGCGCUUUAGCGUUCCUGAUUUUGGGACAAAAUGGCUCCUCGUAGAGAGAGAGAGAGAGAGAGAGAGAGAGAUUGCUACCGUGCUGAAGGUCAUUAUAUUGCCCAGGGGAGGCUGGUGUGAGUCUGGCCUAUUUCGGCCGGUUUUGUGAAUAUUAAUUGCGUUCAGCGAAAAGUGUAGCACCUGCUAGUCUCAGAAACAAAAACAUGUCGCUUAC